CCCCACCAUCCCCUCCACCCCCGCACCAUGAAGCUCUCUCUCGCAUUCGUCACCGCCCUCGCCGCUGCUGCCGGCGUCGAGGCCGGCGUGCACAAGGCCAAGCUGUCCAAGCACCCGCUCGCCAGCGGCACGACGCUCGACUCGCUGCGCGCCCAGGCCGCCGUGCUGCAGCACAAGUACUCGGCCGCCGGCCAGCGCGGCCAGUCGCCGUUCGUCGCGCCCGGCGUCGGCAAGCAUGCCGGCGACAACCAGGAGGCCGACUUUGGCAUCCUGCCGCACGACGCCUCCGAGGACCGCAGUGCCUGGCUGGCCGAGGCCAAGAAGGGCCACGGCGUGCCGCUGAGCGACUUCAUGAACGCCCAGUACUUUGCCGACAUCACGCUCGGCACGCCGCCGCAGUCGUUCAAGGUCAUCCUCGACACGGGCUCGAGCAACCUGUGGGUGCCGUCGACCAAGUGCUCGUCGAUUGCGUGCUUCCUGCACACCAAGUACGACAACUCGGCGUCGUCGACGUACAAGAAGAACGGCACCGAGUUCAAGAUCCAGUACGGCUCGGGCGCCAUGGAGGGCUACGUCAGCAACGACGUGCUGACCAUCGGCGACCUCAAGAUCAAGGGCCAGGACUUUGCCGAGGCCACCUCGGAGCCCGGCCUUGCGUUCGCGUUUGGCAAGUUUGACGGUAUCCUCGGCCUCGCCUACGACACGAUCAGUGUCAACGGCAUCGUGCCGCCCUUCUACCAGAUGGUCAACCAGGGCCUGCUCGACGCGCCCGUGUUCGGCUUCUACCUCGGCUCGUCCGAGGAGGACGGCGGCAUGGCCACGUUCGGCGGCAUCGACGAGAGCCACUACGAGGGCAAGAUUGUGUACGCGCCGCUGCGCCGCAAGGCCUACUGGGAGGUCGCCCUCGACUCCGUGUUCCUCGGCGACGACGAGCUUGAGCUCGAGAACACUGGCGCUGCCAUCGACACCGGCACCUCGCUCAUUGCGCUGCCGUCGGACAUGGCCGAGCUGAUCAACAAGGAGCUCGGCGCCAAGAAGGGCUGGAACGGCUCGUAUUCGGUCGAGUGCGAGAAGCUCGACAGCAUGCCCGACUUCACCUUCAAGCUCGACGGCAAGAAGUACACGCUCACGCCGCAGGACUACAUUCUGCAGGUGCAGGGCAGCUGCAUCUCGCCCUUCACCGGCCUUGACAUCCCGCCGCCGGCCGGCCCGCUCUGGAUCGUCGGCGACGUCUUCCUGCGGAAGUACUACACCGUCUACGACCUCGGCCGCAACGCUGUGGGCUUCGCCAAGGCGCGCCAGUAAGCGCUCCUGACCGCACACUGGCCCAUGGCCAGGCGCAACGUCGCGGCCUGCUGCGCGCCGCGCUCUGACCGGGCCCUCUCUGCUCUCAUCGGCUAUUCUUCUCGUGUCUCUCGGCUCUCUCUCCUGCAUCUGUCCCGCGCGUAGCACCCACUCCCUCCCCCGAAUCGUCAACUACCACGAAUGAAUACACCCUGUGCACUCGAGACGCGCGGCGCAUGUGUGGAC